AUUCUUCUCCACUUAUCUCUCUUCUCUCUCUUCUCUCUCGCUCUAAAUCUUUCGCUUUGAUCGUCGUAAAACCCUAAUUCUGAAUCGCAAGUGAGCCUAAUCCCAGGCCUUCGUGCGCACCAGCACGCUCGGGAUUUUUCGAUCGCACUGCUCUUGGAGCAUCCGAUCAUCAGGAACAGUGAUUGAAAGUUCCGCCGCUGCUUCGCGCUGCUCCUCAGAAUCGGUCGCUCGUUGGGUGUCCUUGAUCGGUCAAUUCUCCGCCGCCGAGAAUUGAUCGGUUUCUCGAAGUGCUCUUGCUUCGUGCAAUGCGUAAGGUUACAACAUGAAGAUGAAGCGGAGAGCCGUGGAAGUGCCUCCAAAGAUUAGAUCCUUCAUUGACAGUGUUACUGCUGUUCCACUCGAGAACAUAGAAGAGCCCCUUAAAUGUUUUGUCUGGGAGUUUGAUAAGGGAGAUUUUCAUCACUGGGUUGAUCUUUUCAAUCAUUUCGAUUCAUUUUUUGACAAGCACAUUAAGUCGAGAAAAGAUUUACAGCUCGAUGAUAAUUUUUUGGAAUCUGAUCCUCCCUUCCCAAAGGCUGCGGUUCUUCAAAUUCUUCGUGCAAUACGGAUAAUCUUGGAAAAUUGCACGAAUAAACACUUCUACAGUUCAUAUGAGCAGCAUCUCUCAUCUUUGCUUGCUUCAACUGAUGUGGAUGUUGUUGAGGCUUGCUUGCAAACUUUGGCUGCCUUCCUUAAAAAGACUAUAGGGAAGGGCUCUAUCAGAGACGCAUCUUUGAAAUCCAAGCUUUAUGCUCUUGCACAAGGUUGGGGUGGAAAGGAAGAGGGCCUUGGACUUGUUCAAUGUGCUGUGCAGAGUGGGUGUGACACCAUUGCCCAUGAGUUGGGCUGCACCCUUCAUUUUGAAUUUUACGAGGCAGAUGAAUUGCCUAGAGAUUCAGGAAAUGAACAGCUAAUCCAGGGGUUACAGGUCAUUCAUCUGCCUAAUGUGAAUGCUUGUCCGGAAACUGAUCUAGAGCUUUUAAAUAAGCUGGUUAUGGAGUACAAAGUACCCAGUGGUUUAAGAUUUUCAUUGCUAACAAGACUGCAGUUUGCAAGGGCGUUCAGCUCUUUAGCUGCUCGGCAGCAGUACACCUGCAUUCGCCUAUAUGCCUUCAUAGUUCUAGUUAAAGCAAGCAGUGAUGCUGAUGAUUUAGUUUCUUUCUUUAAUACAGAACCUGAAUUCAUCAAUGAAUUAUUAUCAUUAUUGAGCCAUGAAGAUGCAGUUCCUGAAAAAAUCCGCAUACUGUGUCUACUUUCAUUGGUUGCUCUUUGUCAGGAUCGAUCUCGUCAGACGACCGUCCUGACUACAGUUACAUCAGGUGGAUACCGAGGUAUCCUUUCCAGUCUCGUGCAGAAGGCUAUUGAGUCUGUUACAAGUGGUUCCUCGAAGUGGUCUGUUGUAUUUGCUGAGGCUCUACUAUCUCUUGUUACCACUCUGGUUUCAUCAUCAACUGGGUGUUCUGCCAUGCGAGAAGCAGGAUUCAUAGCUACUUUGCUUCCCCUUCUCACUGAUACGGAUCCACAGCACUUGCACUUGGUCUGUACAGCCGUGCAUAUUCUUGAAGCUUUCAUGGAUUAUAGUAACCCAGCUGCUGCAUUGUUCAGGGAGCUGGGGGGUCUGGAUGAUACCAUUCAACGCUUGGAGACAGAAGUGUCUUAUGUAGAAAAUGGUUCUAAGCAGCAAGGUGAAAAGGUUGAGUGCAGUGCCAGUGCAGAUGUAGUGUCCGGUGCUUCCAGUGACCUGGAUAACAUACAGCCUCUGUAUUCUGAAUCAUUGGUUUCACACCACCGGCGGCUACUAAUGAAAGCUUUGUUGCGUGCAAUAUCCCUAGGAACUUAUGCGCCUGGAAAUACUACAAGUAUUAAUGGCUCCACCGAGAGGUUGUUGCCUCAUUGCCUGUGUGUAAUUUUCCAAAGGGCGAAGGAUUUUGGUGGUGGUGUUUUCUCACUUGCAGCGACUGUCAUGAGUGAUUUGAUUCAUAAAGAUCCUACAUGCUUUCCCAUUUUAGAGGCAGCUGGUCUUCCUUCUGCUUUCUUGGAUGCUAUCUUGGAUGGUGCUAUCUGCUCUGCAGAAGCAAUAUCUUGCAUACCUCAGUGUCUGGAUGCCUUGUGCCUCAAUAAUAACGGUCUCCAGGCUGUGAAAGAUCGAAAUGCCUUGAGGUGCUUUGUGAAAAUAUUUACCUCUAGAGGAUUUUUGCGCUGGCUUACAGGCGAUACACCCGGUUCCUUGUCUAGUGGACUGGACGAACUACUGCGCCAUGCUUCCUCAUUGCGUGGACCUGGUGUGGAUAUGCUGAUUGAGAUUUUGAACGCAAUUUCAAACAUCGGGUUAGGGGUUGAUUCAUCCUACUCCUGUAUUGAGUCUGCAUGCUCAUCCUCUGCUAUUCCCAUGGAAACCGAUGCUGAAGGGGGAAGUCUUGUUUCACCAGAUGAUGGGGAGUCAUCCAAGAUGGAUGUUUUGGAGCAUAACCUGGAGCCAUCGCCUGAUGCUUCUGGCUUGAAUGUUGAGGCUUUUCUACCCGAUUUUGCUAGUAAUGCGGCUCGUCUUCUUGAAACGGUGCUUCAGAAUGCCGAAACAUGUCGUUUGUUUGUUGAGAAAAAGGGGAUUGAAGCUGUCCUAAGGUUGCUAACAUUGCCUUUAAUGCCGCUGUCAGCUUCACUUGGGCAUAGUUUGUCUAUUGCUUUCAAAAACUUUUCAUUACAGCACUCGGCCUCUCUCGCACGUGCAGUAUGUGCCUUUAUCAGGGAGCAUUUAAAGGAAGCUGUUGAUCUCUUAAUAUCGGUUGGAGGGACUUCAUUUGCAGCAAUAGAAUCCUCAAGGCAAGCAACUGUAUUGCGACAUCUUUUUAUUCUCGAAGGUAUUCUGUCUCUUUGUAAUUUCCUGUUGAAAGGGACUACAACUUUAUUUUCUGAACUGGGUGCUGCGGAUGCUGAUAUAUUGAUGGGUAUUGGGAGGGCAUAUAAGGAAAUAAUCUGGCAAAUAUCUUUGUUUAGUGAUUCUAAGGGGGAAGAGAAGAGGAAUAAUCUUGAGCAAGAACCUGAGAGUUCUGAUGCAGGUUCUUCCAGUGCUGUUGGAAGGGAGAGUGAUGACGAUGCAAAUAUACCAGUGGUGAGAUACAUGAACCCUGUUUCAGUGAGGAACAGUUCUCAUUCUUUGUGGGGCGGAGAAAGAGAAUUUCUUUCAAUUGUGCGAUCUAGUGAAGGUUUGCACCGACGUAGUCGGCAUGGUUUCACACGCAUACGUGGAGGAAGGACAGGGAGGCACUUGGAGGCUCUGAACAUUGACUCUGAAGCUUACUCAAAUGCGCCAGAUACCUCUUCCUUGGAAUUGAGAAAGAAGAGUCCAGAUGUGCUCAUCGUAGAAAUUUUAGGCAAAUUGGCUUCAACAAUACGUUCCUUUUUUACAGCACUUGUCAAGGGUUUCACCUCAUCAAACCGUCGCAGAGGCGACUCAGGUGCAUUGGGAACGGCUUCAAAGACCCUUGGAUCUGCAUUGGCCAAAAUAUUUUUCUAUGCUCUCUGUUUUCCAGGGCAUUCAACUUCUGAAGGGCUUGACAUGUCUCUGUCAGUGAAAUGUCGGUACCUUGGUAAGGUUGUGGAUGAUAUGGCGGCUGUCACAUUUGACAGUAAACGCCGGACAUGUUAUGCAGCAAUAGUGAACAGCUUUUAUGUUCAUGAAACAUUCAAAGAGCUACUUACCACUUUUGCAGCUACGAGUCAGUUGCUCUGGGCGCUUCCAUAUUCUAUGCGAACAUCAGGGGAUGAUCAUGACAAGCUAGUUGAAGAAACUAAACAAUCUGGCAGAACAUGGCUUCUCGACACGCUUCAAAGCUACUGUCGCGAAUUGGAGUAUUUUGUCAACCCUACUUUUCUGUUAUCUCCUUCUGCCUCCCAGGCUCAGUUACUCGUGCAACCAGCUACAACUGGUCUGUCUCUAGGACUGUUUCCUGUACCGAGGGAUCCAGAAGUCUUUGUGAAGAUGUUGCAAUCUCAAGUCCUGGACGUCAUACUUCCUAUCUGGAACCACCAACUAUUUACCAAGUGCAGUCCUGGUUUUAUAGCUUCUAUUGUUUCCCUUGUUACACACGUGUAUUCAGGCACUGGUGAUUUGAGAAGGAACCGUAAUGGUGCUGUUGGGAGUACGAACCAGCGAUACGUACCUCCUCCACCUGAUGAGGCAACUAUUGCAACCAUUGUUGAUAUGGGCUUUACAAGGGCAAGAGCGGAGGAAGCCCUAAGACGGGUUGAAACAAACAGUGUCGAAAUGGCAAUGGAGUGGCUGUUCAGUCAUGCUGAGGACCCUGUGCAGGAGGAUGAUGAACUGGCACGAGCACUUGCUCUGUCACUGGGGAGUUCAUCUGAAACGAGUAAAAUUGAUGUUGCUGACAAGUCAAUGGAAGUUGAAACGGAUGGAGGCCAGACUAAGGCGCCCCCUGUUGAUGAUAUUCUUUCUGCUUCAGUCAAGUUGUUUCAAAAUGGUGACAUUAUGGCGUUCACCUUGACGGAUCUGUUUUCUAGCCUCUGCAACAGAAACAAAGGAGAAGAUCGUUCAAAGGUGGUGGUACAUCUUAUCCAGCAGUUAAAGCUUUCUGGGCAUAUGUUGAGGGACAUACAUGCACUUUGUAUCAUAUCCCGUGUGAUGGCACUGCUCCUUUUAGAAGAUGGAAGUGCACGAGAAAUCGCUGCUCAAGAGGGUAUUGUGUCUGCUGUGAUCGAUAUUCUGAUGAACGCCAAGUCUAAAAGUGAGUGGGGGGAUGAGACUUUGUACCAAAAGUGCAUUAGCGCAUUGCUACUUAUAUUGGAUAACAUGCUGCAGUCCAGGCCCAAAGUUUCUUCAGAGAAUACUGGGGUUGCAAUGAGAUCUCUACCUGACUCAUCUGCAGAGCAGGCAUCAUUACCAAUGACAGCCCCUGUCAUAGAAAAUAAAGAAGCUCCUGAUGUCCGUGACAAAGAAUCUGGUACUGCCAUGGAGAAGAUAUUUGGCAACGCUACUGGUCAUUUGACUAUUGAAGAGAGUCAUAAGUUAUUGGAAGUUGCAUGUGACUUAAUAAAGGAUCAUGUCCCUGCGAUGAUCAUGCAAGCCGUUCUGCAACUUUGUGCUCGUUUGACGAAAUCUCACACCCUGGCUUUGCAGUUUCUAGAAAAUGGAGCAUUGCCAGCACUUUUCAGUCUCCCCAAAGCUUGUUUCUUCCCUGGAUAUGACACUGUUGCAUCUGCUAUAAUACGGCAUCUGCUCGAAGAUCCUCAGACACUGCAAUCGGCUAUGGAAUUGGAGAUUCGACAGACUGUGAGUGGAAACAGGCAUGCAGGGCGUCUAUCCCCGAGAAUAUUCUUGACAUCUAUGGCACCUGUCAUCUCCAGAGAUCCUGCUAUCUUCAUGAGAGCUGCAACUGCUGUUUGUCAAGUGGAGUCAUCAGGGGGUAGGAACUUUGUUGUUUUGUCAAAGGAAAAGGAAAAGGAAAAGGAGAAGCCAAAAACAUCAAGUGAACAGAGUCUAAAUUUGAAUGAAACUGGUCGGGCUACUGAAAGUAAAGUUCUUGAGGGAUCGGCUAAAUGUUCCAAGGUCCACAAAAAAGUUCCUGCCAAUCUCACCCAGGUCAUUGACCACCUCCUUGAUAUUGUACUGAAAUUUCCUUCACCUAAAGGCCAGGAUGAGUGUGCGAAUUGCUCAUCGCCCAUGGACGUUGAUGAACCUAUAACCAAGGUAAAGGGCAAAAGCAAGGUUGGCGAUAACAGAAAAAAUGAGUUGGAAUUUGAUAGAUCUGCUGGAUUGGCUAAAGUGACUUUUGUCCUAAAAUUAUUGAGUGAUAUUCUCUUGAUGUACGCACAUGCCGUGGGGGUUAUACUGAAACGAGAUCUCGAGAUGGCUCAGUCACAAGUUUCUAGUCAUUCAGAUUGCUCUGGAAUAUUGCACCAUAUUUUACAUUAUCUCCUUCCAUUAUCAGCUGAUAAAUCUUUGGGACCUGAUGAAUGGAGAGACAAGUUGUCUGAGAAGGCAUCAUGGUUUCUGGUUGUUUUGUGUGGUCGAUCUGGAGAAGGGCGAAGGCGAGUAAUCUGUGAAUUAGUGAAAACAUUGUUGUCUUUCUCAUACCUGGAAAGCAACUCUGCCAGAACCUCUUUAUUGCCAGAUAAAAAGGUUUUCUCGUUUGUUGAGUUAGCAUAUUCUGUAUUGUCAAAAAAUUCAUCACCUGGCACCUUGCCUGGUUCAGGAUGCUCACCUGACAUAGCAAAAAGUAUGAUAGAUGGAGGCAUGGUACAGUGUUUGACAGGAAUUCUUCAAGUUAUCGAUCUGGACCAUCCUGAUGCUCCAAAAACUGUAAACCUUAUAGUGAAAUCUCUGGAGAGCCUCACAAGAGCUGCCAAUAUGAAUGAGCCAGUGACUAAGUCCGAUGGUACAAAUAAGAAAAAAUUUGUGGGUUCAAUUGAUAGGGUGAAUGAGCAUAUAAAUGCAACUUCAGCUGUGGAAACAGCAGAGCAAAGUCAGAGCAGGUUCAGUCAGGAGGAAGUUGCAGAUGCUGCUGAGACACAAGAACCACAGCUUCGAGGAUCUUCCCAAAUUGAUGCAAGUCGUGAUGUGAAUCCCGAUCGGUUGAUGAGCCCAAAUAGGGUAGGUGAAGCAGAAGAGACACUGGCUUCCAGUCCUGCUGCAAACCUUGAGAUGGAAUUCAUACGGGAAGAGAUGGAAGAAGGGGGUUCAUCGCAUAACACAAACCGCCUUGAGGUGACAUUCGGUGUUGAGAACAGAGCAGAUGAUGACAUGGGUGAUGAAGAUGACAUGGGUGAUGAUGGUGAGGACGACGAUGAUGACGAUGAUGGUGAGGACGACGAUGAAGCUGAAGAUGGUACUGGUAUGAUGUCUCUAGCUGAUACUGAUGUAGAAGACCACGACGACACUGGCCUAGGGGAUGACUACAAUGAUGAGAUGAUUGAUGAAGAAGAUGAUGACUUCCAUGAAAACCGCGUUAUUGAAGUAAGGUGGCGGGAAGCUCUUGAUGGGUUGGAUGAUCAUUUGCAGGUGCUUGGUCAACCUGGAGCUACAGGCGGUCUUAUUGAUGUUGCAGCUGAACCUUUUGAAGGGGUGAAUGUGGAUGACCUUUUUGGUCUCCGUAGAUCGCUGGGUUUUGAACGGCGUCGGCAGACAGGUAGGUCUUCCUUUGAACGAUCCACCACAGAAACAUCUGGUUUCCAGCAUCCCCUUCUAUUACGACCAAAUCAGGCGGGAGACAUGGUCUCUAUGUGGUCUGGAGGGAAUUCAUCCAGGGAUCUAGAAUCUUUGACAUCUGAAAGCUUUGAUGCAUCUCACUUUUACAUGUUUGAUGCGCCUGUCCUUCCAUUCGAUCAUUUGCCAAGUAGUCUGUUUAGUAACCGUCUUGGAGGCUCGGGGCCUCCACCUUUGUCUGAUUACUCAAUAAAUUUGGACUCCCUACAACUACCGGGUCGCAGAGGACCUGGUGAUGGACGGUGGACUGAUGAUGGCCAGCCUCAGAUUGGUUCCCAAGCUUCUGCAAUAGCUCAGGCAAUAGAAGACCAGUUCCUUUCUCAUUUUCAUCAAAGCAUUCCUGCCAGCAGUCCAGCUGAAAGGCAAUUAGAGAAUUCGGAGGUACAGGAGAAGGAACAGCAGGAUGCCCCACCUUCAAGUAGUAUUCAACCCGAAGUUGAGGUCAACAAUAGCAUUGACCAACCAGUUGAAGAUCAACAUCAAGAAGGUUGUAAUGAAGCUGAAAAUCAAGAGAAUAUUCAGGCUGUUGAGAAUGUUCCUCUUGAAGAACAAGUCAAUACUGAGUCGGCUACCGAAGAGCCCAUGUCUAUUCAACCACUUUCACUGAACUACACUCCCAGUCAACAAGAUAACAUGGAAAUUGGGGAUAGAAACGGGGCCAUUGGUCAGGAGGGAGAGACGGCACAUGAAUUGGCCAUCUCAUCAACAGAGUCACUUGAUCAAGUUGGCUCAAAUGUGCUUGCAGAUGGACGUGAUAUAGCUGCUCAUACGACUGGAGGAUCUUUGAUGGUGGGUCAUCAGGCCAAUAAUCAAGUCAUUGCUCUUUCUAAUUUAGAUAGGGCAAGUGAUGCUGACGCCUCUUCUGCACUGCCCAAUGCUGACAUUGACAUGAAUAGUUUUGAUGCCGAAGAAAAUCAAAUCGAGCAAUCUGUGCCUGUCCCUGAACCUUGUGGGAAUGAAUCCUCAGCAAUGCAGGCCGCCGUAGUUGCUCAAAAUGGGAAUCACACCGAUCAAACUGGUUUAGACAGUGAUGUACCUGGGGGAAAUGUUAUUGAUCCAACAUUCUUGGAGGCAUUACCUGAAGACUUGCGCGCCGAAGUUCUAGCUUCUCAACAGGCCCAGUCCGUUCAACCUCCAACUUAUGUGCCGCCAUCAGCAGAUGAAAUUGAUCCUGAGUUCUUAGCUGCCCUUCCUCCAGAUAUUCAAGCUGAAGUUCUGGCCCAACAACGAGCGCAAAGGAGUGCACAGCUGGCCCAGCCAGUCGAUAUGGAUAAUGCCUCAAUAAUUGCUACUUUUCCGGCUGAUUUACGCGAAGAGGUACUUUUGACUUCAUCAGAAGCAGUGUUGUCAGCAUUGCCUUCCCCACUACUGGCUGAAGCCCAUAUGUUGAGGGAUCGAGCAAUGAGUCAUUAUCAAGCUCGUAGCCUGUUUGGAAGCAGCCACAGAUUGAGUAACCGGAGGAAUGGUUUGGGUUUUGAUAGGCCAGCAAUGGACAGGGGAGUUGGAGUUACAAUUGGCCGAAGGGCAUCUUCUACUGUAUCUGAUAGCUUGAAGAUGAAGGAAUAUGAGGGUGAACCGCUUUUGGAUAGAAAUGCACUAAAAGCGUUAAUUCGCCUCCUGAGGUUAGCUCAGCCUCUUGGCAAGGGCCUGCUCCAGAGACUGUUGCUCAACUUAUGCGCACACAGCAUUACAAGGUCAAGUUUAGUUGAUCUUUUGCUCAACAUGAUUAAGCCAGAAGCUGAAGGUUCAGAAAGUGGAUUGGCGAGAAUCAACUCCCAGAGGCUCUAUGGCUGUCAGUCAAACAUUGUUUAUGGUCGUUCACAGUUGUUGGAUGGUCUUCCUCCUUUGGUGUUGCGUCGGAUUCUUGAGAUUAUGACUUACUUGGCUAGAAAUCAUCCUGCCGUGGCCAGUAUGUUGUUUUACUUUGAUUUCUCACUCUUGCGGGAGCUUCCAAACCCAAGUCACACAGAUGCAAAGUCGCUUAAAGGUAAAGAGAAAAUUGUCGAAGGAGGAGCAGCAUCAGAUGGAUGUCAAAUUCAAAAUGGAGAUGUUCCUUUGGUCCUAUUCUUGAAGCUCUUGAACAGAUCCAUGUUUUCACGGGGCGCUACUCAUUUUGAGCAGGUAUUAGGUCUACUUCAAGUCGUUGUUUAUAAUGCGGCUUCAAAAUUAGAAAGUCAAUCUCGGUCUGAACAAGUGAUAAUUGAGCCCCAGCCACCAGAGCAAUCAGAGCAUGGCAAAAACGAGAAAUCUUCAUUAGAGCCGGAGCUUCAUAAAGAGGAUGAAAAUUCAAAUCUGAACUCAUCUUCUUCAAACGGAAGGAGGAGCAUCAGUAUAUAUGAUGUGUUCCUGCAGCUGCCACACUCUGAUUUAUGCAAUUUGUGCUGUUUGCUGGGACAUGAGGGGCUUUCAGAUAAAGUUUAUGCUCUUGCUGGUGAGGUGCUGAAGAAGUUGGCGCUAGUUGCUGCUCCCCACAGGAAAUUAUUUAUCUCGGAGCUUUCUGGAUUGGCUCAUGAGUUGAGUGGCUCUGCUGUCCGUGAACUAUUUACCCUGAGGAGUACACACAUGCUGGGUUUAAGUGCUGGUUCCAUAGCUGGGGCUGCUAUCCUACGUGUGCUUCAAGCGCUUAGCGCUCUCACUUCAUCCAGUGUUGAUGGGAACUCAAGUGUUGAUACUGCUGUGGAACAGGAAGAGCAAGCUAUGAUGUGGAAGUUAAAUCUUGCUCUUGAGUCAUUGUGGCAAGAACUAAGUGACUGUAUAAGCAUGACAGAGACACAGCUGUGUCAGAACUCGCUGUCAAACAUGAAUAUUGUGGAGCAUGUGCAGGGAACUACUCCUGGAUCUCCGCUUCCUCCGGGGACUCAACGUCUUCUUCCCUAUAUAGAGGCUUUCUUUGUUCUGUGUGAGAAGCUGCAAGCAAGUAAUUCUGUCAUGCAACAGGACCAUGUUAGUAUUUCUGCUAACGAAGUUAAAAAAUCUCCUGGAAGUUCCACAUCAGUGAUUUUAGAAGGUGAUGGGGAAUCUCACAAAAGGCUUGAUGGAACUGUCACAUUUGCUAAGUUUGCUGAGAAGCAUCGCCGGCUUUUGAAUGCUUUUAUAAGACAGAAUCCAGGCUUAUUGGAGAAUUCUCUUUCAAUGAUGCUGAAGGCACCAAGGCUUGUUGAUUUUGACAACAAAAGAGCAUACUUCAGGUCCAGAAUUAGGCAACAACAUGAGCAACAUCUCUCAGGCCAUUUGCGCAUAAGUGUUAGACGGGCUUAUGUGUUGGAGGAUUCUUACAAUCAGUUGAGGAUGCGCCCAACUCAAGAGCUGAAAGGACGACUAAACGUGCAAUUUCAAGGGGAAGAAGGCAUUGAUGCUGGUGGCCUAACUCGAGAGUGGUAUCAGUUGCUAUCAAGGGUUAUAUUCGACAGAGGUGCACUCUUAUUCACAACGGUGGGAAACAACACGACUUUUCAGCCAAAUCCUAAUUCUGUCUACCAAACUGAACACCUUUCAUAUUUUAAAUUCGUUGGACGUGUGGUUGCUAAAGCAUUGUUUGAUGGGCAGCUAUUGGAUGUUCAUUUUACUCGAUCCUUUUACAAGCAUAUUCUUGGAAUUAAAGUAACUUAUCAUGACAUAGAAGCUGUGGAUCCUGACUACUACAAGAAUUUGAAGUGGAUGCUGGAGAACGAUGUGAAUGACAUUCUCGACCUCACGUUCAGUAUGGAUGCAGAUGAGGAGAAACACAUUCUUUAUGAGAAAAAUGAGGUCACUGACUAUGAGCUUAAACCGGGAGGAAGGAAUAUAAGGGUUACAGAAGAAACAAAGCAUGAGUACGUGGACCUUGUCGCUGACCAUAUUUUAACCAAUGCUAUCAGGCCUCAAAUCAGUUCCUUCCUGGAAGGCUUUAAUGAGUUAAUAACUCAGGAGCUUAUAUCUAUUUUCAAUGAUAAAGAGCUUGAGCUACUGAUUAGUGGACUUCCAGAAAUUGAUUUGGAUGAUUUGAGAGCCAACACCGAGUAUACUGGUUUUUCAGCUGCAUCGAGUGUUGUUCAGUGGUUUUGGGAGGUUGUUAAAUCUUUUAACAAAGAAGAUAUGGCAAGAUUGCUUCAAUUUGUCACUGGAACCUCUAAGGUUCCAUUAGAGGGGUUCAAGGCUUUGCAAGGCAUAUCUGGUCCUCAGAGAUUCCAGAUUCACAAAGCAUAUGGAGCUCCUGACCGUCUACCUUCAGCUCAUACAUGUUUUAAUCAACUGGACCUGCCAGAAUAUAUUUCCAAAGAACAGCUUCAGGAACGCCUGCUUCUUGCAAUUCACGAGGCUAGUGAAGGGUUUGGAUUCGGUUGAGCAAUUUUUUGUGCCAGAUGUCAUUGAUAUUACAAGUGUCUUCAGGUACAAGCUGCAUCAUUUUCAGCUGCUCCAUGUCCAGGCGGAGGUGUUCUCGUCGAUUCAAAAUUCUGCAGAGCUUUUUACCCCUAGUGCCGAAGGUGUGCGAUCAGAUGACCAUUUCUCUGAGCUUCCCUACAAUGCUUCUUGAGAAGUAAGCGGGAACUAUUUCGGUUUCGAGUUAAAAGAAGACGAGCCUGCUAUUUAUAUAAAUGUAGUAAUAGUUGCAUAGCCUCUUAGCAAGUAGGCUGGUACAUAGUCUGUUUUGCUGUGCGCGAGAACCGAAGUGACCCGGCACAAGGAGCUGCCUUUCUUUUUGUGCUUUAUGAAUACCAUUUACAGCUCUUGGAUAGAGCCAGCCCAACUUAUUUAUCACCUCUUUUCUGUACAUAAACAGACCCCACCUUUUGAUAAAGCAUUGAAUAUAUUAUAGGG